AUGUCGAACAAGGUCGGGCAGGAGUACGGAGAGGUUCGACAUGCAUUCGACGUGUCGGCGCUCAACACGUACCUCACCCGCCACGUUCCGGCCAUUGCGGCACCGGUGACGGUCAAGCAGUUUAGCUUUGGACAGAGCAACCCGACGUACAUCCUGUUUGACCGGAACGAUGUGCGGUAUGUGCUGCGCAAGAAGCCUCCCGGUUCGCUGCUGUCUUCCACCGCACAUGCCGUCGAGCGCGAGUACCGCAUCCUAAAAGCCCUGCACACCUACACCACCGGCCUGCCCGAGGGAUCCAAGGACAGAAUCCCCGUGCCCGAGGUCUUCUGCCUGUGCGAAGAGACGGCAAUCGUAGGUACGCCGUUCUACAUCAUGCAGUUCAUAAACGGCCGGAUUUUCGAGGACUACCGCUUCCUGCAGCUGCCCAAGCCCGAACGCGCCCAAUGCUGGGCCUCGGCCAUCGACACGCUCGCCGCCCUGCACCGCGUCGACGUAAACAAGGUCGGCCUAAACGGGUACGGUAAAGACGCCGGCUUCUACACGCGCCAGAUGAAGUCGCUCGCCAAGGUCAGCUCCGUCCAGGCGGCCAUCAAGGACAAAGAGACCGGUCAACAAGUCGGUCCCAUCCCCGGCAUCGAAAGGUUCCUAAAGUGGUUCGCGGGCAAUAUGCCGCGCGAUGAAAAUACGAUCGUACACGGAGACUACAAGAUCGACAAUCUCAUCUUCCACCCCACCGAACCACGCGUGAUUGGGAUUCUCGAUUGGGAACUCUCCACGCUCGGCCAUCCACUGUCGGACCUGGCGAAUCUGCUGCAGCCCUACUCGACCCAGUGCACCGACGUUGCCGGAAUCUCCAAGGCGGAAACGUGGGAAAAGUCGCGCAAACAAGGCUCGCUCCUCCUAGCUCUCGGUGGGCUGGACGAACAAACAUCUCCGGUCCCGCUCGAGGCGAGUCUGAUCAAACGGUACUGCGACAAGGCCCGACGCGAGUAUCCGAUCCCCAACUGGACCGCCGCCAAGGCGUGGGCAUGGUUCCGACUCGCCGUCAUCAGCCAGGGCAUCGCAGCUCGCAACGCUCAGGGCCAGGCUAGCUCCGCCCAGGCCAAGGUGUACGGCGCAAAAUUCCCCCUCUGCGCCCAACUCGCGCUCAACAUCAUCGACGAAUCGCCCCAGUCCAAACUCUAA